AUGUCACUGACGCUUUUUACUAAUGACAAGAGGAGAAAAUAUUUAGGCAGUAACAGACCAGAAGGUCGCGUAGGACAUUCCCUACAUCAUUACUAUGAGUUAAGCGCAACGAAGGAAGUGAGUGGCUCGUCGGGAAGAGACGACGAUGAGGGGACGGGCCAGACGCGCGCUGUAGACCGGAUGAACGAUGAGCAGUCGUAUGCGUUAGACUCUGGGUUUACUUCAACUCGGGAGGAAGGUAAAUGUGGACCGGCCGAAAUAAGCGGUAGAAACUGUGGCGAUCAUGUGGGAGGCGAACAACGGGAGGGAGAAGAAUCCCUAAGAGGUAACCCGGAGGAGACAUACAAAGAAGACAAAUUAUUCACCCAAUGUCCUAGCGCUCGAAACCAUUACAAAAGUAAUGACGACCAUCUGGGUAGUAUUCCCCAUGGGGAGAAGAAGAAAAAGGGCUACCAUAAUAGGUUUAUCCAUGGGAGGUAUAAAGUUGUUCUCUUCGGGGGAGGGCUACCAGAAGAGGAGUUUGUAAGAAAUUACGAAAACGGAUGUGUACAAGCCAAGGGUGAAGAAGAAGAUGGAGAAUAUAGCAAAUACAAUAUGAUGAGUGUAGAGAAUUCUCUACAAAGAACGCUUAAUGAUCUGUACAUUUGUGAAGAGGAGAAUGACGAUUUUGAGCACUGGGUGAAUGUUAAGACGCAUAAUGUUCCUGAAGCGAGGGCAUUCCACGCGUCCUGUAUUGUUAACCUGGGGUUAAAUGGUGUUUUUUUGUUUAUCCACGGUGGCAAGGUGAACAAUGACAUGCUCGCGGAUGACCGACUGUGUGCCUUGAACUUAAGCAGAAUUUCAUAUCGUGCUGAGCGAAGCCAGAGUGGCAGCAGAUGUAGGGGAGAACCGGAUGGGGAGGAAGAAAGUGACACCAGCAACAGCCCCAUGGUAGAACAGAAGCAGGAGCAGAAUCGGACGGAGUGUAAUGAUCAUCCGGAUGAAUCUGAGGAAGAACACCUUCCCCACGGCAACCCUCUGAGGGAGAACCAGCAUGGUCUCGCUAGCAGUGCCGUUAUAAAAGAGGAUCGGAAUGAAAAGGACGAGCAGAGCGACCCUCCAAAUGAGGGACCUCAAAAUGGUGUAGUAAAAAACAAAGCAGAGGAGGAGAAGCAGCAGGGGGAGAAGCAGGUGGAAGAAGAAGAAACGUUUGGCGAGCCCCUUCCUCGGAGAAGAAAAAGUUGUGAAGCCCCGAGGGGGGCAGACAUAUGGGGGAACAGUAAUCAUCAUGGCGAGGAAGGCCACCCUGACGUGGAUAUUGGCCCGGGUUGCCUGAAGGAAGAACCCUGUCGUGAUGCAGAACCGAAUGCGGCAGGGUUAGAGGCUCCUCCCAAACAAAGGAACCAUUUAGCCAAUCAUAAGAAGAGGAAGUGGUGCUGUUCAUCGUCCCACUUGUGCUCUGCAUCGAGCGAAUCUGCGUCCAGACAGUCUUCCUCCAUGGGGUCUCCCUCCAAUGAUUCCCCCUCCUCAUCGUCCUCUUCUUCAAACUCGUUGCCUCCGUGCGACUCGGCCUUUUUUCGGUCCACCCAUUACCACACGCGAGAUAACCAACUUGACGAGGAGGACGAAGACGUGCUUGUGAAUUCGCGCGUCCCAGUUAAAAGUUUGCUUCUCAGGGGAAACAACAACUCCUCGUGUGGUAGUGCCUCCUCCCCCUCCGAGGAGGAGGACUCAGAUGUGGAACAAGGGAGAAAUGGAAAUGCCUCCCUCAAAAGGGUGAAAAGGACAUGGGUCCACGUCCAAACAGUGGGAAGAAAGCCAAACAGUAGGUAUGGACACACCCUGGAUUUUCUUUACCCCCAUCUGGUCCUAUUCGGGGGAAACGAACAUAUAUCCGAUGAUGAGGAAACUUUUUUUUGUAAAAAUGACCUCUGGGUGCUGAACAUAAAAAAGGGGAAAAGAAAAUGUACAAAAUCGGAGAGGAAAAAAACUCUUUACUUUGCGUGGCAAGAAGUAGAGUACCAAUCGGUGAAUCCUUUGGGGAGAUACUUUCACGCCACGACCGUAUGGUAUGACGUAAAAAAUAAAAUGAACAAGUUAAUUUUGUAUGGAGGUAAAAUGAGAAAGAAGACGAGUGUAAGCAACAGAUUGUUAGCUCUGCAGAAUUAUGGAAAUAAGUGGAGGUGGUCUAUUUUGCCAGUUUAUGUAGAUCCUCUGAAUGAAAACAGAGCAUGUCACGCCUUGGUCUGUGUAGACAAUCAUAUUUUUAUCAUUGGGGGAGAAGACUACACUUAUAAAUAUAUCGAGAAAAUGCCAUCCGCCUUGUACUCAUUUGAAUCGAAAAAGUUUCAGUAUAUUAACGACUUCAGUGUGAAGGCCUGUUUAAAAUGCUUUGCAAAAAAUGAGACCAUUUAUUCCUGGGGAGGAUUUACAGACGUAUCAUGCAAUCAGAUUUUUUUACCAAACAAUUUUGUUACCAUUGAUGUGAACCCACAUGUUAUGUAUAUACAAAUGAAGGAAGACCUGGCGGAUGAGUAUGAUGAAAACAAUGACCUCGUUCUGAAGGAAGAGCCAGAAUCCGACGACGACAUUUACCAUCGCAUGAAUAAAAGAAUCUUAAAAGUACACAAUAGGAAGAUGGAGCUCGAGAAGGAUCUACUGUACCAGAUAAAGCUAAAUGAGAAUUUGAAUUUUCGCAUCAAGUCUCAGAUGGUGCAGUAUCAGAGGGUACUGCAGCUGCUGAAUGUAAAGCAGACUCAAAAUGCUCAUCUGAUGAGCGCUUUCAAGCAGCAGAGCCUUCCCCUCGACGGUGGCACGAUUGGUGGCAGAAUUGGAGGCAACUUUGGAGGAAGCAUUGGCGGCAGCGUGGCCGGGUGCCACAUCGCAUCGCACGGCUCAUACCACAGCCUACACGGUGUGCCUCUGUACGACGCGGGCACCAACAUCAACAUGAGCAGCAUCAACGUCAGCAGCUGCAGCAACUACCCGAAUUAUAACAGUGAGGGCCUCUUCAAAAUGUCGAUAAGCGAACAGGACAACUUCUCCCAUCCUAUAGCUGCAGACAUGAUGAGCAGUCAUGCCAGUGGGUUGCAAAGCGAAUACGAGUGCAAUGUAGUUCGGCACAACGUGAAAACGAACCAAACAGUGAGCGAGCUGCCUGUGGCCGACGCAGGGGGGGACCAAAAUAUGCUGUCGAAUGAGAACAUCCAGAGUAUUUCCUACACGGAUAGCAUGAAUGAGAAGGGCAACAAGAACGUGGAGGAGCAGGAGCAGUUGCGCUUCGAGGGAGGGAUAGCACCAGAUCAUGUCGGUGUACCGAUCAACCAGGUAAGCGCAGCGGGCGAAAACCCCCCAUGUGGGGGAUAUCACCCCAGCGAGGGAUACGCCUCCCCUGGUUGCGAACAGGUCACAAGUAUCCCCGGGAGUGCGCCAUACCACACGUUUAGUGGCAUGUCCGAGCUGUGCGCCACGAAUGGAGGACAGCUCCCCUGGAACGGACAUACAAGUGGUUACUCCAACGGAGCAUCUCAUCCGUACAGUGAAAUGAAUCAACUACUCGACAUGACCAUAAAGAAUAGCACUCCUUUUGUGAAUGAUUAUUUCACCGGAAAUCCCCUGGAUGUGCCCCAAAAUAACCUCCAGGCGAGUGGCAGCAACGAUAGAAUUGGCAACGCCUCGUCAACACAGAGGGGCGUUCUUGGUAACGAAAAGGAAGGAAGCACCGUGACGGCCGCCAACAACGAGAGUUUGCAAGCCCAGUCUGAGGGGAAUUCCACAAACAGGGAAUCUUCCAAUCAACGGGUGCGCCGAAAAACGGCCGCCAAGUGCUUGGAGCUGAUUGAGCAGGAUAGGCUCAGCAGGAUGAUGAGUGAGAGGUAG